ACUACAGGUUAUAAUGCCUCUGCACACUCCUAAGAGCUGGCUUCUUGCUGCUUCAUCGCUCGCGCCAUUCACCGCUGUUUCCCCGUAUAGAGAAGACGAAUAAACGUUCUCAUCUUCUCCAGCUGUUCUCGCGCAACCCAUUCUGGCCCGUGGCUCCUGCAUCGGUCCAAAGCUGGCGACGUCAGCGAGCGGUGUAACGUAGACACACCACCAACACCGCGCCAAUUGCAAGUGAUGCCUCCUCCGACGAAUGUAACAAGGCCAUCUUAUGACGAUGCCCGCUGGAAUCCAGACCUGCAUGCCCAACUCCGACGGACGCCUGCCACUGAGGGUGCAGCGACGCGGAAAGCUCUGAAUAGUCUUGUGCGGAGAUAUAUGUACCAGAUUCUGACUGGAUGUGGGAGGGAAAGAUGUGAAACACCUAUGUGUGCAACGGCCAGAAAAGGAAAGCGGAAAUUCUCGCAUAUAUCAGCAAAGCUGUUAGCGAGCGAGUUAACAUGCAGCUCCACUUCAUACCUCUGCCCGGGCCUCCCAGCCGAUGCCGACUUCGGUCCGGUCGACGACGUCCAGCCUGAACUGUCUACGAAGUCCCUGAUCCAUCGAAUAUACCAAACAUCAAGCCUCGCAACCGUCGGCCUAUCCAAAGACCCCACACCCUCAGAACAACCAGAACUCCUCACCUUCGACUGCAUAUACGCCGACAUCGUCGAACACCUCUCCCGCACAACAACCACAACCGGCGAUCCAACCCUCAUGCACGAUACCUUCAUCGCAGUCUUCUCCUCAGCCGAACGACUCGCGAAAUCAUUCGGAUCGUGGACGCCGAGGAUGGGGUAUCUGCUUGAUUUGGAUCUGAGUGAGGUUUUGGGUGCGUGGUAUUGUAUUGAGCAGGGUGGGGCGGGGUUGAAGAGGGGGGUGAUCGGGGCGUUAACGAGGGUGCUGACGACGCCGUUUCCAUCUACUAUGUCAGCAAAGGAACGGGCGAAGGUACUCGUUAUUGCGCUUUAUACUGUCACUGCACAUCAGGAUCCAUGUGUAGUCGAUGCGGAUCCAUAUUACGCCAUCCCUGCGAUCCGGGCACUACUGAAUAUUGAUCCCCCAGAGGAGGUAAAACAGUAUUUCGCGAAGAGGACUAAGGAGGAGGAUAUAACCAGAGGACUGGAGUUGUUGUGUAAGACGAUUACGGAGAGGGUUAGUCAGGAUUGGGAGACCGUGAGAGGUAUUGGGGAGGAAGGGUGUUGGGGCGGGAUCAAGUGGUUGGAGAUGAUGUAUGAAGCGGAUAAGCAACGAAUGGAGCCUAUGGCGAAGGAAGAGUGGUUUCACCUUCCGGAGAAGAUUCUCAAGGAGUCAUCAUAUCUCGAGACAAUCAAACCAUGGCUCGAAUCCACCGACAAAUCACCAAAGAACAUUCUCAACUACCCCUUCCUCCUCAGCUUCUCCACCCGCGUCUCACUCCUCCGCGCCUCCUCCUUCGGCUCAAUGCUCGCCCUCGAACAAUCCAUUGGCGUCAAUGCCGCCGUCGUCGCACAACUUUCCCGCCACUUUACCCGCGCACUAACCCCCCGUUCCUCAGAAAGCUGUCACAUCCUCGAUAUCCGCCGCACACAUCUCGUACAUGACGCUUUCGCCGGAAUCAGCGGUCGCAAAACUUGGGAACUUAAACGGCCGUUGCGUGUGCGGUUUGUUGGGGGCGGGGAGGAUGGUGUCGAUCAAGGUGGAUUGCAGAAAGAGUUUUUUGCGAGUUUGUGUCAUGUGGUGUUUGAUGAGGAUUAUGGGUUGUUCGUGACGGAUGCGGAUUCGCAACUGGUGUGGUUUAACCCUGCGGCGAGGGAUGAGGUACGGACAUACGAGUUGGUUGGGAUGUUGGUUGGGAUGGCAGUGUAUAACGGCGUUAUCUUGCCGUUGUCUUUUCCGAAGAUGAUGUAUAAGAAGAUAUUGGGGGAGGAGAUCAGCUUGACGGAUUUCGCGGAGUGGUGUCCGGGUGUGAUGAGGGGGAUGUUGACGAUGUUGGAGUGGGAGGAUGGGGAUGUUGAGGAAGUUUUCUCGCUCUCGUACGAUUAUUCGUGGAAGCAUUGGGAUGGCUCAGUCAAUACCGUCUGCAUGAAAGAGGGACACGAACCCGGCACUAUCCCUGUCACCAACGCGAACCGCGCAGACUACGCGUACGACUAUCUCGCCUACACCGUCCACAAAUCCAUCGAACGCCAAUGGGAGGCAUUUUCGCGUGGUUUGGCAGUGUGUACGAACGCAAGAAUGUUCACCCUCUUCUCCCCCACCGAACUCCAAUCCGUCUUCCAGGGCGAACAAGACCUAAACAUCGAUGAAUGGCGCGCAAUAACCCAAUACACAGACGGCUACUCUCCCACCCACCGCACAAUCCGCGCCUUCUGGUCAAUUGUCUCUGCCCUCCCUCCCCGACUCCAACGCCAACUCCUCGUGUUCGUCACCGCGUCGGAUCGACUUCCUCCUGGGGGGAUGGGCAAGUUGACGUUUGUGAUUCAGAGGAAUGGGCCGGAUAGUGAUCGGUUGCCGAGUGCGCAGACGUGUUUUUGUAGGUUGUUGUUGCCGGAGUAUGAGGGAAGGAGGAAGUUGAAGAAGAUGUUGAUGACGGCGGUGGAGUUUGGGCAGGAGGGGUUUGGGUUGGUAUAA